GCGAUGUGAGUACGUCAAGUGGGAAGUGUUUUCUCGUUUUCUAUUAUAAUUCCGUAAAUUAAAGCAUCAAUCAUUAAUAAACACAACAACACCAGCUGCCUGAAACAACUUAUCUCAACCGUACAGUGAAAAGUUUAAUUUUCCCACACAAUCUUAUAUAAAAGUGAUAAAGCUGAGUGCUCAUAAAUGGAAUGUCCGACAAUAAUAUUUAACGCGAAAAAAAUGUAGAGCUCGCCCGAGUUUGAGUUACGUCAAUUCAGGAAUACCACAACAAUAUUCCCUUAGUGCAUGAUUCACUAGGUUAGAGGUUACGCGAUGUGUAAUUGAAUAAUUCUUAGUUGUAAAAUAACAGAGCCGUAGUGCUUGAAAGUUUAUCUGAUUAGGGAGUUCUAGUGAGUCAAUGCAAUGAUUGAGAGUGUCUCCCGACGUGCGUUUAGUAGUUCCAGCGGUACAUACAACGUACGCGCCUCGGAGCUGGCUCGAGAAAGGAAGCUAAACAUCUUCAAUGUUACUAUCGUAUUUUUGGACGAUGCCCAGCAUUCGUUCCAGAUUGAGAAAAAAGCCAAAGGAAGUGUCCUUCUGGAGCUAGUGUUUCAACACCUGGAACUAAUAGAGAAGGACUACUUCGGCUUGCAGUUCACGGAAAAUGGUUCACCACCGAAUGCAACCAACACUGAGAUUACGCGUUGGCUAGACAGUGGCAAGUCAGUGAAGAAGCAAGUUGGUGUGAACGCGCAGUUCUGGCUUGCCGUGCGUUUCUACCCGCCCGAGCCUUGCCGACUCGCGGAGGAGUUCACGAGAUACCUUCUGUGCUUGCAACUGAGGAAACUGUUGUUGGACGGUAGAAUGACUGCCCCUAAGAACACUGCUUUGUUGCUUGCAUCUUUUACUGUACAAGCGGAAAUAGGAGACUACAACGCAACGGAACACCAACCGAACUACUUAUCCGAACUAUGUUUGAUUCCCAAACAAACGGCCGAAGACGAGAGACGUAUAAGAGAGCUGCACAAAUUGCAUAGAGGACAAUCCCCAGCGGACGCUGAGGCGAACUUUCUAGAGCAUGCGAAAAGAUUAGACUGCUAUGGGGUGGAAUCACAUCCCGCUAAGGACUACCACGGAAAGGACAUAUUCAUUGGCGUGACGUCAAUCGGUAUCGUCGUGUUCCAGAACAGCGUCCGCGUCAACACUUUCUCCUGGAGCAAAAUCGUCAAGAUCUCCUUCAAGAAGAAGCAGUUCUUCAUACAGCUCAAACGAGAACCUUCGGAAUCAUACGACACAGUGUUGGGUUUCAACAUGCGCUCAGGGCGUGCGGCCAAAGCCCUUUGGCGCUGUAGUGUGGAGCGGCACGGCUUCUUCCGCCUGCGCGCGCCGCGGCGCCGGCAUCUGCUGGAAAGCUUCGGGGCCUUCGCGGGGGUCACAGCUCCUACCGUGGCUCGUACUGAGACUCAGGCGUUAGAGGACGCCAGGCGAUCCCGCUCAAGUAAUAGGAGUUUUGUAAGGCGCAGCAGUUCCCGCACUAGAGACAGAUCGGCGGGUGCGUCCCCAGCAUUAUGUGUGAACAACACGGCGCGGGGGGCGAGGGUUACGGCGCACGAGGAACCGCCGCCGCGGGCCGCCUGGGGUGACGCCGAGAGGGACAAUGAGGACAGCGAUGGCGGUUUCCUCGAGCGGGCCUUACGCGUCCCGUUCCCGUACGUGGACGAAUCGGAGUCAGAAUCCGCACCGGAACCGGCGGAGGACGAAACGGAAGGCAUCGAAGGUGCCGUGUUUGUGCAUUUAUCCGCCGGACCGGACGGCCGGUUCGGGUUCAACGUCCGGGGCGGCGGGAACGGCGCUCCGGUUCUGGUGUCCAGGGUCGCUCCGAGAACGAGGGUCCAUUUGCAAGAGGGAGAUCAGGUAAUAUCGAUAAACGGUAAAGACGUGGACGAGAUGACGCACGAGCAAGUUGUUCAAAUGAUAAGGAAUACAAAAGGAGUCCUCACAUUAUUGGUGAAGCCGAAUGCUGUAUACGAACCGGAAACAGGUCCAGAAGAACCAGCGGUGUGCUUCGUACCUUUAGAACCCUUGGAACAACUGGAAGGAGAUCCCUUGGAACAGUCCAUGCUUUUACUAGGAGACGGUUUGGCCAGCGGGGCGGCCUUGAAACAGUAUGAGACGUUAUUGAGGCGACUGUCUGAAGAGAGCUCCUGCGUGGCCAAACUACCCCAGAACAUCAAUAAGAAUCGAUAUCGGGAUAUUGCUCCUUAUGACUCAACGCGGGUGAUAUUGAAAAACGGACCAACGGGUGACUAUAUCAACGCUUCGUAUAUUAACAUGGAUAUACCUAAUUCGGAUUUGGUCCUCACUUACAUUGCUACACAGGGUCCUCUAGCCUCAACAGUAGGUGACUUCUGGCAAAUGGUAUGGGAAAGCGAAAGCAGUUUAGUCGUGAUGUUGACAGUGUUGGCCGAGCGGGGGCGGGCCAAGUGCCACCAAUAUUGGCCCAAGGUUGGCACCACGCCACUGAAGGCCACCAAUACACUCACCGUACUUACGAAUAGUGAACAGAAUCUUGGACAUUAUAUUCGAAGAGAAAUGAGCUUAAAGGAUAGCAGUAGUGGAGCGACCCGCAAUGUAACGCAGCUGCAAUACACGGCGUGGCCGGACCACGGCGUUCCAGAAGAUUCCACCGCCUUUAUCAACUUCACCAAACUCUGCUCGCAACUCAGAAACCAUCGAGCAGUUAUACCCACAGUAGUGGAAGAGAUAGCGGUGGAAGAGGAGCGAGUAUUAGAACCACCAAUGAUAGUGCACUGUUCAGCUGGCGUGGGCCGCACGGGAGCUCUCAUACUAGCCGAAACAGCUAUGGAGCUGUUGGCUAGAAGACAACCUCUUUACCCCCUGGACUUAGUUCGCACUAUGAGGACUCAGAGGCCGAUGUGUAUACAGAAUGCUAGUCAAUACAAGUUCGUAUGCGAAAGUAUCCAGGCGGCAUACUCCCAAGGCAUUGGAAUUUCGGAAAAAACGACCAACUGAUGACCGACCCCUCCCCUAGGGGAAGUGUAUACGAAAUUAGCUCAUAUUUGUAGCAAGGUAACCCUCUGGUUCCUUUGCCAACCCGUUGGACAUAGCCUUAUUUAUUAAAUUUACGCUUUUGUAUGAGAAAAUAGCAUCUAUUUGUACUGGACUAAAGUUGAGGUUCCUUCGACAAAUCAUUAGAGCUAGAAAAAGACAAUAAACUUGAAAAAACGACCAACUGAUGA